UAAUUCACUUCCUAAAGAGAAACAAUGUCGAAUAUAUACGUGCAGGAGCCCCCCUGCGAGGGGAAGGUGUGCCUCGAGACCUCUGUGGGAGAUAUUGACAUUGAACUCUGGUCGAAAGAAUGUCCAAAGGCUUGUCGUAACUUUAUACAGUUGUGCCUGGAGGGAUAUUACGAUAGAACUAAAUUCUUUCGUGUAGUACCUGAUUUCAUAGUACAAGGAGGAGACCCAACCAAUACAGGGACAGGUGGAGAAUCCAUUUGGGGCAAACCGUUCAAAGACGAAUUUCACAGUCGUCUUCGUAUGGUGCGUAGAGGUCUGUUGGCAAUGGCAAAUGCAGGCAAGGAUGACAACGGUUCCCAGUUUUUCUUCACACUUGCAGCUACCAAGGAACUACAGAACAAGCAUACUAUUUUUGGCAAGGUAGCUGGAGACACAAUAUACAAUAUGAUAAGAUUAGGAGAGGGUCACAUAGAGGAUGGAGACAGACCAAAAUAUCCCCAUAAGAUUAUCAAGACAAGAGUUCUCAUCAACCCUUUUCCAGAUAUAGUUCCCAGGCUUUCUAUAACACAGGAGUUGGAUAAGGAGGAUAGGAGGCAGACUAGCAGAAUGAAAGCAACAAAGAACUUCUCUCUUCUCUCCUUCGGGGAGGAGGCAGAGGGGGAUGAGGAAGUUACAGAGAAGGUUGUGAAGGAUAGUCGAGGGAAGAGUAAAUCGGCCCAUGACCUGGCCGCCGAUCCAACCCUAGCUCAAGAUAUAGAUACAGAGAUUAUUAGAAGUUCCGUCGACAAAGGUGAAAAGAAAGAGGAAGAAGAGUUAGAAAGAGAAAUUUCUUCCAUCCGUAGUAAACUAACGAAGAAAGAUAAGAAGAAGGGGAAGAAGGAGGAGAAGGAGAAGAAUCUCGACGACGAUGAAUUAGACUGGGACGAGAACCCAUUCGAGAAGGAGAGACAGAAGAAGAAGGAAGAGCUUCAGAAGGAGUUCAAGGCGCUCUCGAAGGAGAUGAAGGGAAAGAAGGAGAAGAAGAGAGAUGUUGAAGUGGAGAAGGAAGAGAAAGAAGUAGUGACUGAAGAAGAAAAGAAGAAUGAUAUGUUGAGAGAGUAUCAUGAAGAACAGAAGAAAUUUCGAUCCAACAAGAAGGAUAAAAUACCGGACAAGAAAUCUAAACGCGAAGAACAGACUUUAGCGCUUCUACAGAAGUUCAAAGCUAAAUUGUCAGGCAUAAUAGUAGAUGAGGACGGAGAAGAUAAGAAGAAAGAUGAAGACAAAGAAAAGGAGAAGGAUAAAGAUCAGAUGGAGGAAGAGGAUGAGGAUGAAAUACUGGGUGAUGACUGGAUGAAAGCUCCGCUUAAGUUUGAGGAUGAAGGAUUAAAACUGGCCAAGGAUGCAAAUACAAAGGAUGAUGAUUGGUUUGAUAUAUACGACCCAAGAAACAAACUGAAUAAACGGAGACGUGAGAAGGAUGCUAUUGAGGGAAUGGAGAAGAAAAGAGCAGAAAAAAUGAAGAAAUUAUAGACGACAUUUUAUUUAAUUUUUUUGGCGCCAAACUGUUCCAUUUCAUUCUGAAUUGUGAUUAACGUAAUAUCUUAAAGUUAAACCAAAAAUUCUGUUUCUUGUGUUAAACGUAUUCUCUUAAUAUAAACUGGUAUGUUGUGAUAAAAACUGCAUUCAUUUCAAUAUUUUGUUGGAUUUAACCUAGGAUUUAG